AUGGAUUCACGAAUAUCCCCCAAACGGUUACGCGUACGAAAGUCCCGCGGUCGCGGUCUGCGGACAACAAAUGGCUGCAAACAAUGCAGGAGACGUCACUUGAAAUGUGACGAAGUCAAGCCCAUUUGCAGUGCCUGCGCCAAAAAAGAAUAUGCUUGUGAGUUUUCUACACCUCAAAGCCGUCGCAACCUCUGGAGUCCGCUCUCAAACCAGCCGAUUUUAGCGGCUUCACCCCGAACACCAGUGGAGCAGACCCUUUCUGCGCUGGAGACUAGUGAGAACUCACCGACUACUCAUCAUACAAACCAAUCAAUAAUUGUGUCUAAUGACACCACUGAAAUCGCUUGGCCUGAUUAUGAGGUGGCCGGUGACCUCUCUCCAUCUGGUCAAGGCGAGCAGCUAAUAGAAACACAACCCGUUUCGAACCAUAGUCCGAUCGCUUGGCAACAUGCCUUCUUAUCACCUUCGAAUGCAUCAAAUGCGGCGUUGAGAUGGUUUGGGCUUCUAGCAAAUGAUGCCGCUAGAGAAAAUGUGCAGGAAUCCACUGUUCAGAACUCUUGGGCGAACGAAAACCUCUCUUUGGACCACACUGGUUCUGACGGUCGGAGAUCACUGACUUCGCUACAACAGGCGACUCGAGUGUUGGACAGUCCUUCAAGUUAUGCGGGCCGUGAGCUCACCCAAGUGGAAGCUGCAGGGAACAGCAGCCUAGGAGAGGAGCGGAUCUGGCAAUCAUAUGAGCCAAUUCGACUUGAGCAAUCCGAAAAGAAAUUAUUGGAACACUUUGUCAAUAGUGUCAGCCCCUGGAUUGAUCUCUUUGACCCUACAACUCAAUUUUCUACGCUCGUUGCGCACUUAGCGAUACACAAUGCUGGCCUUUUGAAUGCUAUACUGGCUCUUUCGUGUCGGCAUCUGGCGUUGAACCCAAAGCUUGGUAAAAGUAAUACGCCUAUAAAAGAGGAAGAAGCUCUGCAAUAUUAUUACCAAACGCUGCACUAUGUCCAGAAAGCCAUGAAGUACUCUGGCUAUCAAACAAGUCUAGAGCUUCUCUCAACCACACUAAUCAUCUCUGCGUACGAGAUGCUCGACAACUCUUCCAAAGAUUGGGAGAGACAUCUAGAAGGUGUAUUCCUCAUACAGAGAUCUCAGACUAUCCACGGCGAGUCUGGAGGGUUACAUUCGGCGGUUUGGUGGGCAUGGUUGUGCCAGGACAUCUGGGCUGCCUUUCGCGAGAAGCGCAAGACUCUUACAUUUUGGGUUCCGCAGAAACCUCUCUCUGUAUUGUCACCACAUGAACUUGCCGCUCGCUCAAUCUUCACCGCUGCAAAAGUGAUCAGUUAUUGCGCUGAUGCCACAGAUCAAGCAAACAUGGGACACCAAUUUGACGAGGCAGUCUGCCUUCAUCAGAUGUUAGAUGACUGGCAAAAACAUCUGAGGAUUCAAUUUUCACCCUUGCCAUGCAAUGAUCACAUCAAGUCAUAUUUUCCGCCAAUCUGGAUCCGACCAUCCGCAUUUACCGUGGCGGUACAAUUCUACAACGUAUCAAAGAUUCUACUACUCGCGCACAAACCCAAGUUGGGCGGUCUAGAGGAGUACCUUGAGAGACAAAGCGUCAUCAAGAACCACGUUGAAAACAUUUGCGGUAUUGCGCUGACGCUUGAGGAUAAUCCAUCUGGUAUCAUAUCAUCUCAAGCUUUGUAUAUCGGUGAGUUCUUCAAUACACAAUAUGUGAGGAGCGCGGCUCACAACAGAUAG